CCGGCCGGCGGGGCGCGCUUGGGAGGCUCCUGUCGGUGGCCGCGCGGCGGAUCGCAGGGCGGCCCUCGGCUGACGGCCGCUGCCUGGCGUUUCACGCUUGGCCCCUCCGGUGGCCGUCCCGGCGGUGGGAGUUGGCUACGGGAUGUGCUCGGCCGGGGAGCUGCUUGGCGGCGGCGGCAGCGGCGGGGAGCGCGACGAGAACGGGGACGCGCUGGCGGAGCGGCCGGCGGCGGGGACAGAGAGGGAGCCCGGGGCGAGCCCGCGGAGGCGCGGGCAGCGGCCGCUGGGGGAGCGCGAGCAGGAUAUUGAAGAAUCACAAAACCACACUGGCGAGCCUGUUGUUGAAGAUGACUACAAAAAGAUGGGAACACUUUUUGGUGAACUGAACAAAAGCCUCAUCAACAUGGGCUUCACAAGGAUGUAUUUUGGAGAACGAAUUGUGGAACCAGUAAUAGUCAUUUUCUUUUGGAUUAUGCUGUGGUUCCUUGGUCUACAAGCCCUUGGACUAGUUGCUGUUCUUUGCCUUGUCAUUAUUUAUGUGCAACAGUAAAAUAUGGCUAAAUAAGCUGUUGUUUGACAUUUGAUAGCCAGAUAUGUAAUUGGUGAAGUUAUAUAUUUCACUACAUGAAAGCCGAAAAAUUUGCCUUGUUUCAAAUUAUGUGCUGUUUUGUAAUUAAAUUUAUUAGUGGAUGUUGUUUAAAAUUAAACUCAACUCUUAAUUAUAGCAGGGUUUAAUAUACAUUUUGUAGCUUAUUCAAAAGUCUAGUUUUACUACUGUGAUCUGUGCCCACUUUUAAACACCCCUCCCUAUUCCCAUGCCAAAUCUUAACACCACCAAAAAGUGAGCAGGGAAAAUACUUGACUAUGGAAUUCGAAUCAGACAAUAUAGGUCCUGCAAAGAAUUCCAAUAAAGCAUUUUAUAAUAAAAAGGAUGAAACAAGGAGCUAAAAUUGUUUGAACAGGAGACUGUCCCCACCCAUACCCACCAAAUAACCCCAUAUAAUUUGGGAAAUAAUUAGGAUAUCUAUUGCUCCUGCUCAGACCAAACUAAUAUAAAUGAUAAUUACUACACACUACCUUAAAAUCAGGAUAAAAAUCAGUAAAUUAGCACAUUUUCUAAAGACUGAAAAGAAUAUAUUUAUUAUGGCUGGUGAAACUUCCCAAGUUCAAUGUAACUUUUUUAUAAUGUAACACUGGGUCUGGAAUCACUUCAGUAUAUCAUUUGAAGUUUUAGACAAUUUUGGUGCUAAUUACCUUUUGUGAAUUUUUUAAGUCUCAUAAGCCAUGUCCAUUGCUGGCUGCACCCCAUGGUAAUGCUAUAUUUUCUUGUAUCUAACAAGUUGCAUAUUUUUUUUCCUAGAGAGACAUUUUCCAUGUAUUUUUUCCAGAAAUUUACAUUUUAUAGUUCUUUUAUAA